AUGGAGGAACGCCAAGAACUGAGCAGAGGUUGCAGAACUGAGAAGACGAAGGAAGAAGAAGAAAGCACCACAAUGAGCAACCCAAAGCAUGAAAAGCUGGGUGAGAAGGCACUUGCCGCUCAGAACCCCCCUGCCUACUCUGAAAUAGAUCCCUAUGCAGAGCCUGACCCACUGAAACAGCCUCCUGGGCCAGCACCCCAAGCAGGCUAUGGGGCUAUGCCAGCACCCAAAGCAGGCUAUGGGGCAAUGCCAGCACCUCAAGCAGGCUAUGGGGCAAUGCCAGCACCCCAAGCAGGCUAUGGGGCAAUGCCAGCACCUCAAGCAGGCUAUGGGGCAAUGCCUUACUAUGGCCCACCCAGUGCGGGAUCUCACCUAGGCCCAGUCCUUCAACCUCCACAGGCGGUCUACGUCACACCUGUACAGCCCACCAAUGAACCCGAUUACUUGAUCUACUCCAUCUUCACCAUGCUCUGCUGCUGCUUACCCCUUGGUAUUGCCGCCUUGGUCUACUCUAUACAGGUAAGUGUGUGUGAAAGGGAGAGACAAAGAAAUGGGGGUGGGGCUCUGCUAGAAAACAAAGGAGGCAAAAAAGGCAUGCCCCCCCCCUUAGUAACAAGGGGUUGCACCUAACUGAGUUCUACUCAGAGAAGACCCAUUGCAAGUAAUGGGUCCAAGUUUGUAAUGGGCAUUGAUUUCAGUGGGUCUGCUCUGAGUAGGACUAGCAUUGGCUUAAGUGCUGUUUUUGGAAGGUGACAUUGCAAGCUAUAAUUUGGCUGUAAUUGGGAGUGGGACUUCUGGAUUUCAUUGAAAGAUAUUUCCCUUUGCAGUUCAAGCAUUGGCACGAUGGGAGUGAGAGGGGAGUGAGGAGAGAAACUUGAUGCAGUUUGAAUUGAAAGGCAAACCUAUCUAAUUUGCUCUUUCCGAAAUGAUACACAAACCGAAAAACAGUCCUCCUCCCAAAAUGUAAACUUCUCUGAAUUUUGCAACACAGUUCUCCAGCCGAGUAUGUGUGUACUAAAACGCAAACACUAGGGCAAAACGUGAGUAAAAUGCAUACACUCAUAAAAUCAACAUCUAAGAAAGGAUUGCAUCGUAUUAUGGGAAAUUGCUUUGCAAACGCGUUUAUCUGCUAGUCUGUUGCGGUGUGAGCAAGGGAGAGUCUCAUAGCACCUUAAAGGGAACAAAUUGUCGCAGCAUCUGUUUUGGUGGACCUGAGUCCCCUUUCAUUGACUUGACCUUGAUAGGUAGGUACCCACCAUGUGAUCCUCAGAUAAAGGGCAGUAUGUGCAUUUAAUAAAUAAUAACAAAAUGAAUAUCAUGCCACCAAUUAGCUUCAGAAUCGAGGCAUGGUUAAGGGUGUGAUGUGGUAUCAAACUUUUUUAUUUUAAUGCAACAAAGAUUGUGGAUGGAAAACCGACUCUUUGGCAAGGGCUGACUUACCAUGGAGCUGUUUACAACUUGGUGAGAUGGUCACCUGGAACAUCUUGCCACACAGCUAGGAGAUUGUUCCUCAUCUCCUUAGAUCAAGGGCCAAUUCUUCACUGGGCAUGAUGCUGCAGAUGAUCAGCUGCAGGGCAAAGAGCUCUCUAUGCCACCCCAAUACCAACCUGAUUAUGGCACAGCUAAUGCUGGAUCCAAUGUCAGUGCUCUGUGUUUUGAGAACUGGGAUCCACCUUUAUCUUCCUUCCUUCCUCUUUUACUGCAUGCAUUCACAGAAUCGUAUAAUUGUAGAGUCAGGAGGCCCCUGAGGAUCAUCUAGUCCAACCCCCUGCAAUACAGAAAUAUGCAGCUCUCCCAUUGGAGGGUCGAACCUGCAACCUUGGCGUUAUCAACACUAUGCUCUAGCAGACUGAGCUACCCAUCUGAUCUUUCUCUUGGGGCAUGUUUGAUUUUCCUUUCUCUUUCUUCCCUAUUCUCUCCUCCUCCUCCUCUCCCCUGCACCUCCUCCUCACUUCCUCCUUUUAAAACAAUGUGCAUGAAAUUACGAGAGAGAGAGAGAGAGAGAGAGUAUGGUAGAAAGCCACUGGUGUGACCCAGCUUAAAUGUGGAUGUGAUCCAGGAUACGGCUCAUGUCAAUGGGUGCAUUUCCCUUCUUUGUACAUCGUCCCCGAGCAAGGAGUUGUGCAAAUGCUCAUCAUAAGCGAGUUCUCCAUAACUGUGUGCCCAGGGACCGUGAACCCCACCAUAUCAGUAAAACAAGAACCACAGGAAACAUUCAGUGAGGUUCAAUUAGUCCACAUCUUUGUUGAUUACAGGAGUAACUGAGUUUUGGCUUGGCAUUGAGCAGCCACCAUCUCCUCCAGUCAGCCUGCUGGAGGGAUUCCGGGGAUCAAGCCUGAUUUGGGGUCGACCCAUGACAUACAUUAAAUAAAUGCAACCUGCACAGACUUGCGGCAUUGCGGAGUGCUGUGGCUCUUAGCCUGGAUGUAUGGCCAGAAGCGCCUCCUUGUGGAUCUCUUUAUCGGGACACCCCAGUACCAAGGAGUGGGGAGCAGAGGCUCAUAAUCUCCUCUCCACCACCAACGAAUAGGCUACUUUCAUCUGAUCUUUCUCUAGGAUAUAUUUCAUUUACCUUUCUCUAACCCACAUUCACUUUCUUUCUUAUUCUCUCUUUCUACCCUUCUAGUUCCCUGCUGCUGCUGCUGCUGCUGCUGCUGCUGCUGCUCCUGCUGCUGCUGCUCCUCCCUCCUCCCUCCUCCCUCCUCCCUCCUCCUCUUCUCUUUCUCCCUUUAAAACAUUGCAUAAUGUGAGAACAUGAUGCUUGGCUAGACAGGCUACUGGCCUGAUCAGGGUUGCCAUGCUCUUAUGCAGUGCGGCUUGCCAUAGAACUUGUGGCUACAUAUGCACCACACAUUUCAAAAAGUCCAUUUAAAGCACAUUUCUCCCUGAAGAAUCCUGGGAACAGUAACUUUCCCCUCCAACAGGGCUACAGUUCCCAGCCACUCUUAACAAACUACAGCUCCCAGGAUUUUUGUGGGGUGAGUGUUUUAAACAUACGAUAUGAACCCGGCCCUCCAGAUGUUUUGAGACUACAAUUCCCAUCAUCCCUGACCACUGGUCCUGUUAGCUAGGGGUGAUGGGAUUUGUAGUCCCAAAACAGCUGGAGGGCCGAGUUUGCCUAUGCCUGGCUUCAGUCUUGCUCUGCUCUGCUAGGUUCCAGACUAAAACCACAAGGUUACUGGUAAGUGACUGACAGCCUCAAGCAACAAGAUUCUUCAUUGGCUAACACCAGGCAGCUGUUUCUCAGCUUGCCACUUCUGCAUGCUGGAGGUGUUCCCUGGCGGUGUGGUUUCUCACUCGCUUCUCUCUCUUUCUCUGCAGACAAGAGAAGCCAACUUCGCUGGAAAUGCCGCGUCCGCCGAGAGAAACUCCCGAAUGGCACGCCUCUUCUCUCACCUCGCUCUCGGGAUUGGGCUGGGGUUCCUUAUUUUAUAUAUCAUCAUUGUUACAAGAAAUUAUAGAUAA